GCAGAAGAAUAAAUUUCAGCGUCAUGCCAUAUCCGUGUCUUUUGAAUUUGGUCCGAUUAGUAGGAGGAACUAUGGUUAAACAUAUAGUUUCCCCUAUGCAGUUAACUGGUCGAGGUGCGAUUCAUGUACCAGCGAGAGUGUGUUCGGCAUACGAGGAAGCUAUAUCUGCCCUAAAUGAUCUUCAAAGUAAUGCAGCAGUUUUAGAAAAAGCUAGAAGAGAAAAGAGUAGUAAUGCCCACAAAAAUAUCUUGGCUACUGCAAAAUGGUUGGAAAAGUUAAACAUAUCUGUUGGUGAUCUAGACGAACUGAAUAUCAUUCAUGUUUCGGGGACGAAAGGAAAAGGUUCUACAUGUGCCUUUACUGAAAGUAUUCUUCGUCAUCAUGGUCUGAAAACUGGAUUUUACAGCUCACCCCAUUUGAUUGCUGCUCGUGAAAGAAUACGAAUCAAUGGAGAACCUCUAUCAAAACAAACAUUUGCGUCUUACUUUUGGGAUGUUUAUACCAAGCUCCAGAAAAAGGAUGGUAAAGAGGAAGAAAUGCCAACCUAUUUCAAGUUUCUGACUGUCAUGGCAUUCUAUGUUUUUUUGCAUGAAAAGGUGGAUGUUGCAGUUAUUGAAGUUGGAGUUGGUGGCUUGUACGAUUGUACAAAUGUCAUUCGGAAACCAACCGUUGUUGGUGUAACAUCACUUGGUUUUGACCACAUUGGUGUACUUGGAGAUUCAAUUGAGAAGAUAGCUUUGCAGAAAGCUGGAAUCUUUAAACCCAAUAUUCCAGCAUUUACUGUUCCACAAAUAGAAGGUGCUUUGCCAGUUCUUCACCAGAGGGCACUGGAAAUAGGAUGUUCCCUGCAUGUUGUUCCACCAAUGGAGACGUACGAGUGGUCAACAUACCCAGUCGAGCUUGGAAUACCUGGAGCUGUUCAGAGCAUAAAUGCUUCACUGGCUCUACAGUUAACAAAAAUGUGGUUAAAUCAGAGAAGUAAAUAUGAAACAGAACAGUUGCCGAUUCCUGAUGGAACUGGCAAAACUCCGUCACUUCCAGCAGAUAUGGAGAACGGUUACCACUUUACUCCACCAUUAGCCAUACCAUUUAAAGUAACAUCUCUGUUUGCUAAUGGUUUACAACAGUGUGUUUGGCCAGGAAGAUUUCAAGUAUUAAAAAGAGGUUCAACUACGUAUUAUCUUGAUGGAGCACACACGGGAGAAAGCAUGGAGGCUUGUAUUCGCUGGUUCAAGGAAGAAUGUGCCAAUGAAGAGAAGCGAACAAGGGGUUCUGUAUUUAGGGUGUUGCUGUUUAACUGUACAGGAGAAAGAAAAGCGGAAACACUACUUGCUCCCUUAACUAAUAAAUGUUUUGACUUAGCAGUAUUCUGUCCAAAUAAAGUUUUCAUAACCAAGGACUGUGCUUCGGAUCAAAGUAACUUCACAGUUGAUCCCCAACAAGAGAUGCACCAGUGUGAGGUAAACAUGAAAGUUUGGUGUCAUAUGCUGAGCAGUAUCAGAGAAGAGAAGAUAGCUGCUAAUCCCAGUACCUCAGAAUAUCACUCGUCUAGCAUUCAUGCUAACAUUGACAUGGAUUGUGUCAUCUUUCCUUGCAUCUUGGAUGCCUUAUGUUGGUUAUCUCAGGGUCGUGAAACUACCUUUCAAAGUGAACUCUGUGAAUUUAAACACAUUGUUCCUCCAGCUAAACUGAUGGAAGCUUCCCAAUUACAGAUAUUGGUAACAGGAAGCUUGCACCUGGUAGGGGGUGUUCUAGCAGUUAUCGAUCCAGAAAUUUCUUGUCAGUCUAAAUGUGUAGUUAAUGGUGUUUGAUAACAUUUAAUUCUAAAAAAUAAUGAUGCUCGUAAUUUAGUUACAUGCAUAUAACCAUUACUGAAUGAUCUUGACAGUUUAUUCAACCUUUGCAAUUAGUACCAUUUUAAAAUCGUUUGUACAGUUUUUUGUAAUACAUCACUUGAACCACUGUCAUCUGUUUAUUGUGUGGAUUUAAAGUUGAAAUUUAUCUAAUGUUUUAUCAAAUGUUUUUUUUUCCAAGUUUUCUGGUGCUUAUGGUACUUAUAUUAAAACCACCAUGAUCUUUAUUUAUGUUUGCCUUUAUAAUAGUGAAAUUAUAACUUGCUGGACACUUGUAAUACAUAAUAAUAGUGGAAGAGUUUAGAGGGUAAUGUAAAGAAGAAGAAAAAAUCCAUUCCACAAUUUCUUAAUUUAAAUCUUUGCUUGUAUGGCAAAAAGCAGAAGGCUUUCGUUUGGAAAGGGGUGUUAUAACAGUUUUUGAACCUGAACAUUUUUCUUGUUCUAGAAUAUGUAGCUAGUGUUUUUAGUUUAAUAUAAAAAAAAAAUUCUAAAGAAGAGGAGUAAAUAAAAUUUAUGUACGUGUAUUCAAAAUAACUCAAUAAUCUUAACAUUAGUAAAUUUAACUUUGACAGUCAGUAGCAUUUGAAAUUACUACGAUGCUCCAAGUCAUUUGCUAUUUUGAGAUUAUAAUUCUAACUUUAAAGAUAGACUUGCAGAAGUAGAACAUUUAGUACUGCCAGCUAAGCUAAUGAAAGCUUCACAAAAUACUUAUAUAAGGCUAAAAUUAAUAUUAAGAAAAAAAUAAUUUUUACAGGUAUGUGUUCAUAGUCAUUGUUUAUGAAAAUAGCAGCUAGACCAUUAAUGAGCUAAUUGUAUUGGGUAAAAGGCCUUGUGUGGACUGCGUAUGGCAGAUUUAGUGUGCUUGACUUAUAAUGUUCUCCUUUGUAUUCACUUGUGGGCUCUUGGAAGUUACAUGAUAAAUUUAUAAAUUCCCUUCUUUAACAGUUUUAUGACCAUUGGAGCUAUAGCUAAGGGUAUUUUUGGGUUUUACUGUGAACAUACAUAAUUAAACAAAAUAAAUAAAAGUAAUGGAAUUUAAAGCCAAACUUGUAAGUAAUUGUUCUAUAACCACAAUAAUAGAAUGCAUUAUUUACCAACUGACUUGUAACUCUUAUUAAUAAUAAACCUUCCACCUUGAAAUUAAAAUUGAAUGAAGAAAAGUUAACAGUUCUGUUCUUUUUGACCAGUUUGCAUUUUCUGUGUGAUUCAGUCUUACAAUUUAAUUUGAGUUUUUUUACGUAUAUAUUUAUUGUUAUUCUUGCAUUUAUACAGCAGGGAUUGUUCAAAAAGCAUAACUUGUGAAAGAAAAAAAAUUUGCUACCAAGGGAGAACAACUUCUCAUAAAGUAGCAGUCACUCUCCUUAGCUUGUGUGUUUUUUAAAGAUUUAUAAUUGUGUUAACUGCGUAUUCCUAUGAUCGUAAAUGUCCAGGUUACAUACAGAACGUAAUUGAGUUAUUUUACAUAGGACCUAUUGCUUCCAAAAGAUAAAAGCUUAUAUUUUGUACUCAUGAUAAAGCUAAUUAAUGCAUCAAUUCACAUACGUGUUGAUCAAAUUAUCAUUAACUAUAUGAAAAAAAACAACUGGAGUGUGCUGUGAAAGUUCAUGUAAAAUGUAUGUGUCAUACACACAAAAUUAACGAACUCGGAUUGAGGUUUAAAAUAUGUACUUCAUGCAAGAAAAGAUAAAUGAUGGAAAGAGAUUGAUAUAUAUAGAUUGACAUUCAAUCUGUGUCCGUACUGAUGUUGCAUAUGAUUGAUGGCAUUAUCUAUACUAGAUAUUGUAUGUUGUUAUGUUUCACAGAAAUUAAAUUUUCCCUAAAUUGGGGAAAUUUUCUCAUUCAAAUUUAACGAGUUGUAUCUUAUUAAAAUUAUUAAGAAAUUUUCAAGAGGUUGUUUCUUGUGGAUCUUAAACAAAUGCAAAUCGCAUAAAAUGUUGUUAUAUUUGGUACACUGUAAAUAAAACAAAAUAUUGAGUUUUGAGUACACUUUACUUGUCGAUUUAAUAACCUCAAUUGAUUUAGGUAUGUGAAUAAUGUUAAAACAUUUCAUCGAAUAUAUUAUUUGAUAUUAUACAGUGGACCAACUCUUUAAUGAUUGUGCAUAUGUAAAAUAUUUCUUUUCAUUUUCCACCAUUUUUCAUAAUGCAUUUUUUUGAUUGGCUGUACCCCUUUGAUGUAGAGGCAUAAAGCAUUCUUUGAUUGGCUGUACCCUUUGCUGUGGACUGCAAUUCUUCCUAUUCAAGGCUCAUCAGCACAUCUUGGGUCAGCAAACCAAAGAAAUACCACUAGGUCUUUACAUCACAGAUUCUUUUUUUCAUUUUCACCUCUGGUGAAAAA